AUGUCCGGGGAAAGAAGACACCGGCCCACUCGCAGGCGUAAGAAGCACGCCCUCUCCCGCUCCAUGAGAGCUGAGCUGCAGUUCCCCGUUAGCCGCGUGGAUCGCCUCCUGCGAGAAGCUCCCGACGUCCAGCGCCUGAGCUGGUGCACGUCUGUUUUCUUCACCGGCGUUCUGGAGUACCUGACGGCCAACGUCCUGGAGCUGGCGAGCAAGGAGGCCGUCAACCACCACAAGGUGCUCAUCACUCCAGAACACGUGGAGAGGGCGCUGGACAACAGCCCCCUCAGCUCCGUCUUUGAGGAUGACACCCACCCUCGAGAUGAUGGGAUGCCCUCAGCCAGGAAGUAG